CCACUCUUCAAUCCCUUCUCUCCAAGCCUUUCUUUGCCAAUUCGUCCUCCAGUCCACCGCUCAACAUGCCUACUCCCGUCCCGCAAGCUGAGGAGCUCAAGGACCUCCUGUCCCUCAAGGGCAAGGUCGUCAUUGUGACUGGUGCUUCUGGCCCGACCGGUAUCGGUAUCGAGGCCGCUCGAGGCUGUGCUGAGUUCGGCGCCGACCUCGCCAUCACCUACAACUCGCGCGCCGCUGGCGCUGAGAAGAACGCCAAGGAGCUGAGCGAGAAGUACGGCAUCAAGUGCAAGGCCUACAAGUGCGUCGUCGGAGACUACGCCAACGUCGAGAAGCUCGUCCAGGACGUCAUCCAGGACUUCGGCAAGAUCGAUGUCUUCAUCGCCAACGCGGGUAAAACCGCCGACAACGGCAUUCUCGAUGCCACCGUCGAGCAGUGGAACGAGGUCAUCGAGACCGAUUUGACCGGCACCUUCAACUGCGCCCGCGCCGUUGGUCUCCACUUCCGCGAGCGCAAGACCGGCUCCCUCGUCAUCACUGCCUCCAUGUCCGGCCACAUCGCCAACUACCCCCAGGAGCAGACCUCGUACAACGUCGCAAAGGCUGGCUGCAUCCACCUGGCCCGCUCGCUCGCCAACGAGUGGAGGGACUUUGCCCGUGUCAACUCCAUCUCUCCCGGCUACAUCGACACUGGUCUCUCCGACUUCGUUCCCAAGGACAUUCAGAACCUCUGGCACUCCAUGAUCCCUAUGGGCCGUGACGCCAAGGCCAAGGAGCUCAAGGGCGCCUUCCUCUACUUCGCUUCGGAUGCUUCCUCCUACACCACUGGUGCUGAUCUCCUCGUCGACGGUGGCUACUGCGCCCGGUAAACGCCUCGCAUACCUGCGAUUGGGCCGUACGGUGCACAAAGAAAAGCGGUUGGAUAAUGAUUGGGUGCUACAUGCUGCCUGUACUUUAAACGUUCCGCAAUGAAUCGAUGGAUGUCUCGUU